AUGAACGUUUGCACUCUGAGCACUCCACGAUGUGGGGAAUGUCGUGUGGCGGUCAUGCCAUCAGGCGAUGCAACGAAGCUUGUUGUUCCGUCGCGACGAAAAGAGCGAUAUUUAUCUGCGACGUGCCCCUAUGUUGACUGCCGAGUAGCUAUUGAAUACCAGCCACCCACCACGGAAGCUGUAGGUGCAUUGCCUUCGACCGUGACGACAUUUUCAGUGACGUGUGUAGCAUGCAACCGAAACUUUGAUCCGCCAGGCGCAUCAAAGAUGCUUCGAGAGGUGCGGGCACAGAUUCACACUGGUGGAAAGGUCUCGAGCUCGGCUAAGCGGCGUAUUGGCACAGAUGAGAAUCCACUAGAUAUGACGUUCUAUGACGUCUUGGGCGUGCCGGCGAAUGCGACGAGCGACCAGAUCAAGAAAGCAUACCGAAAAUUAGCGAUCAAGCUGCAUCCAGACAAGAAUCCAGAUGAUCCGGAGGGCGAAGAGAAAUUCAAGACUCUUGCGGCAGCAUAUCAUGUGUUGUCAGACGCGGAAUUGCGGCACAAGUACAACGAGUUUGGGCCAUCGACGCCCGGUCUAGUGAGUGAAGAUGGUGUUGUGGAUCCAGAAGAAGUGUUUGGUGGUCUGUUUGGAGGCGAGCGAUUUCAUGAUAUUAUUGGCACGAUUAGUAUUGGCCGUGACAUGAAAGAGGCACUGCAAAGAGACUCGGACGAGCUCGCGGCAGGUGCGCAAGGCGAGGAUGUGGAAGGCAAGGACAAAGAAAAACUCUCCCCUGAGCAGGCCGCGGCGAAAAAAGCAGAAGAGGAGCGGAUCGAGAAGGUGAAGGAAGAGCGGCGUGAGAAGCGCGUCACGGCAUUAGCCGAGAAACUCGCGCACAAGCUGAGCGUAUACGUGGAGAGUGUGAAGACGGCAGACAACCCAGUCCUGUUGGAGGAAGUGCGCAAUGGAUUCCAGCAAAUCAUUCGGCUGGAGGCCGAGGAACUCAAGCAAGAAAAUUUUGGUGUUGAGCUUUUACAUACAGUGGGCUUCGUGUACAGUUCCAAGUCGCGGCACUACCUGGCUUCAAGUGGCAUGCUGGGCAGUUUGGGCGGCAUUUUUCAUGCAGCAUCGAGCUCGUUCCACACCGUGCGAGAGACGGUGUCGACGUUCCGGGCGGCCCUAGAGCUCAAGAGCGUGUUUGAUGAGCUGCAAAAGGCAGAGGACGAGGGCAUAACGGAGGAACGGAAAAAGCAGUUAGAAGAUCAGGCGGCUGAAAAGGGACUUCGCGCUCUAUUCAAGAGUGCCAAACUUGAAGUGGAGAGCGUGAUCCGGGAAUAUCACGAAACAGACACAGCGCCUACGUGCUGA